GCUACGAGAGAACGUUGGCUGAACGCAACCUUCUCCAGCUGGCACAAUGAGUCUAAGGAAGCAGACACCCAGUGACUUUCUGAAGCAGAUCAUCGGUAGACCGGUGGUGGUCAAACUGAACUCCGGCGUGGAUUACAGAGGUGUCCUGGCCUGUUUGGACGGCUACAUGAACAUUGCUGUGGAGCAGACUGAGGAGUAUGUCAAUGGGCAGCUGAAGAACAAAUACGGAGACGCCUUUCUGAGGGGAAACAACGUGUUGUACAUCAGUACCCAGAAGAGGAAGAUGUGAAGGAUAAACCCCUUUUUUUUCUCCUUUUUUUUUUUUUAACCUUUACUGUUAAAAUGGAUUUUUAAUUUUUGUUUGUAAUGCUCAUCCUGAGCUUCCAUGAAUACAGAACCUUUUUUUGUAUAGGCUGAGUGGCUAAAUAAAUUGCGUUCAUCCCUCUGUA